AAUCAUAACCUAAAAUUAUUUAAUAAAAUUAAAAUAAAAUGUCCGUGCUAUUUAGCUUCCAAAGUGUGGUGAUCAUACUCCUACUAUUAAUAUGUACCUGCACUUAUCUUAGGUCGUUAUUUCCAAGUAUAAUAGAUCGAAAUAAGAAUGGAUGGUCAGGAUCGUUUUGGAAAUGUGCUAGAAUAGGGGAAAGAAUGUCUCCUUACGUAGGAAUGUUUUGUUUAACGAUAGCUUUUUAUAUUUUAUUUUUAAGUUAAAUAUACUUUGAAUAAAUUUUUUUGUACAUAUAAA